GCAGCGCUCUAUCUCCAUGGCAAUGGCACUGCUGGUUUUUGAGGCAGCAGGAACUGAUGUGGUUUUUCACCCAGAACUGGCCCAGGGCAGUGUUUUAGAGCAGUCAGAGUGCAGCAUCAACAAGCGUCUACAGUCCUGUGGGAAUGGGCCACUUGUGAGGGGCAAUGGGAUACCCUCACCUCUCUGGGGGGAGAGAGAAACCCCUGGAGCCCAAACUUGCCCCCAACCCAGGGCUGAGUGGAUGGAAAACCCUCAGGGCAGAGCUGGUCACUGCCCCUUUACAGCCUUGUGUGCUCCAGUGGGAACAUCUGACCCCGUGAGCCCUUGACAUGGUGGGGAGGCUGGGAGGAGCUGCAUCCGGAGGAAGGCACAACUCCCAUGGGAAGGCAGGAGGGACGGAAGGACAGACAGGGGAGGGAACCGGGACUUUCCUUCCUGUCCUGUGGAACAGGUUUCCCAGAGAAGCUGUGGAUGUCCUAUCCCUGGAAGUGUCCAAGGCCGGGUUGGAUAGGGCUUGGAGCCACCUGAGAUAGAAGAAAGUGUCCCUGCACAUGGCAGGGGGAUUGGAUCCUUUAAAGUCCCUUCCAGCCCAAACUGUUCUAGGAUUCCCUCCUCUGUGUGUGUGGCCUGGCUUGCCAGGGAGAGUUGCAAAACUCUCUCUGGUGUUGUCAGGCAGGGAUUUACCCUGUUCCACACUUGUCUUCCCAGCUCUGACACCUGGCAAUGACCUGGCCAUGGCAGCACCCAGCACCCUGCAGCCUCCACUGCUGUGUCCCUGCCCUGCUGUCAAUGGAAAGCAAAUGUCAGUGGGAUGUAAGCACUGGAUGGAGGGAGCUGGGUAUAAACCCCACUGGAUAUUCAUGGCGUUGUUCUCCCAGCCCUUCUCGGAGCGUGGCUGUGUCCUUCGAGGAUGGCACUGGCCAGACUGCUGCAGUUUGUAUUUCUCCCAGCCUUGUCCUUGUGGUUCUCCAGGAGGAGUCGGUGUGUUUUGCGUUAAAGGGCCAAUGUGCAGGGAGGUGGCCAGGGUGACACAUGCCUCGUGCUUGACCUUGUCUCCCUUUGGCCCUGGCAGCGCUCCCUGCACUGGGCUCACUGAAAUUCCCUUCCUGGAAACAGCAAAGGAGCGAGUGUUUGCCUUCAGCUCAGGAGAGUGUGACGUGAUGUCCCUGGGCAGUGGCCAGGCGGGGAGGGACCGGCCACGCUGGGCUCAGAGCAGGGCCACCAGGAGACACGCCUCAGGAGGGAAGGCUGUUAAAAAUAAACAGGCUGACGAGUGGCAGGAGGAAGGAGCCACCUCUGGUGUCCCCACACUUCUCCCUGGAGCAGGGCGAGUGGCUGUGCUGCCUGGAGAGCCGAGCACAGAGGCGGGCUCCGAUCCCAACCCUGCCGUGCUGGCAAGCACAGCCCGGGGGAAGCAGGCGCUCGGCAAAGGCAGCCGGAGCAUCCCCCCGCGGCUCCUGCGCGCCCCGCGCGUCGCUCCGUGUUAGAUCAGGACCGGAGCAGGCUGCAGUGACCUUGAGAGAUGCUCUGUGGUUCUGACCCUCCAGCCGGCCCGCAGAUCACCUGGCAAGAGAGGAGCCAGGCUUUGCCCUCGCAGAACUCAACCCCCAUGGGAUGAAGUGGCUGUCCUACCCCAGAGCUCACCGUUGUGCCGAUUGGUUCGAGGUUCAGGCAUCUGGAGCUCUUCAGCUAAGGCAGCGCUACCCAAAGGCAGCUGCAUCUGCUCAGAUGAGGGGCUGGUGUCUGUGAGGGCACGCUCAGGGCUGGCCGGGCCAGGUGCAAUGUGCUGCUGGCAUUUCCUGGAGCAGGUGGCCAGCGACUUGUCCCGGCAGGUACCUGCACCGUGACUCACGUCUCCGGCUCGACUCCGGCAGGGAGAUCAGGGUGAAUUCUUUGGGCCGUGCCGGGGGCAGGAGACUCAUCAUGCUCUCUCCUGCUCCUCCUCUGCCCUGGAAGUUCCCACGGUGGCAGCCAGUGGUGCUUAUCUCCGUGGGAACAAGGGCACUGCCCCUCCAUCAGCAGAUGUGCUUCGGAGCGCCCGCGCUGGUGGGAGGGACUGCGGGGGACAGCCCGCUGCCUCUCCAAACGCAGCGGCCAGCUCGUUGUGCAAGUGGGUGCCAAAGGCUGUGUCCCUGCUCUGGGGUCAGGUUUUGUGCUAGAGUCCCCUGGGAAAGCUGGGCUCAGCUGUGGCCACCCUGGGAUGCAGCUCACCGUGGAAAGAGAGGCUUCAGUGACCAAAAAAGUGUCAAUAUGGUCACUACCCGGAUGAAUGUCCCCUUUGGGUGUAAUCCUUGGUGAUUGUGUCCUGCUGGUGCCCGCUAAGCCCUGGCUGAGAUGUGAGAAAAAGCCAGGACCUAAUUGGAAGCAGGCUGUAAAUGCAGCUCCUCUCAUUUCCUUUCCUUGUGCAGCAAAGCCCUCUCGUGGAAGUUGGCAGUAGCUUGCCAUGGAAGAUGCGGCUGCAGCAAUGUGCUGCUUCUUCCCGGGAGAUGCAGCCCCUGUCCCCUGCGGCCCCAGCCCCAGAGGAGGUGGGACAGACCCGAAGGGUCACACCCCUGAAGGGCCCAUCGGCAGGGCGACGCGGUGUGACUGCGCUCCAUCCCGUGGGGAUUCCAGGUUUUUCCAGGGAGCUGCUGAACCUGCUCUCUUGGCUGUGUUGGGGGGGAAUGGUUGUGCCUUUGGCUUUCUUUACACACUUGUAAGGACACCACAAGGCGCCCCAGCCUGCAGCACCUGGCACGGGGAUGCUGGGGUGGGACAGUGCGUGGUUGUUCCAGCGCUGGUGCUGGCUGGAUCUGCUCCAGACCCAUGCACGUCCCCAGAGCCUUGGCAGGGAUAAUUCCCUGGGAAUUAUUCCCAGCAAUGGAGGGUGUCAGCUUAUCGUGGGGUGGCCUGACAUGAAAGAGAGAGAUGAAGCCAAGAGCCAAGGUACAGCAUAAACACCAGUAACCCCCAACCUUGCUGGGGCAGAUGUGCUGGCUGGGAGAGGGGAAGACACUGGGAUGGGUCCCUGCUUCCCUGCCUUCCUACAGGAGGCAAUGGCAAUUCCUUCUGGAGGUGCAAGGCUUGCUAAGAGGGUGGGCAUGGACAGGAUGGCUUUGGGUGGCUCUGUUACUCCUGGCAGGGUCCUUGUCCUGUCCCCCACGGCUCUCCCAAGGUGACACAUUAUUUACUGCAGUAAAUAACUGCAUUGUCCUGGCUCACCUGGGAGCAUCACAGUCCUCAGUGGCACCUGGGGGAUGGGGAAUUGCUCUCACCUCUCCUCACCUGGGUCCCAGCUGGCCUCACCUGGGCAUCCCACCCACACCCUGUACCAAAGGCUGCAUUUAAGCUCAGCCCAGGGCUCUUAGUUCCUCGUUUGGCUCUUUGGGGCAGGUUGGGCUGUUCUGUUCCUCUGGGGAUCCCCCUUGGCCCUGCCUGGUGCAUUGAAGGCAGAGGGUGUGGAUCAGACUGCAGUACCAUCUGCCCUCCUUGCCCUCCUGCAGCAGCCAGGGGAGGGGAUAUUUCCUCCUUGGGAGCCCCUUUGGUGCUGCUGGCAGUAGUUGGGUGUUUUCCCUCCCCAAUCCUGGCUCUGUUCUGGUGGUGGGUGAGCAGUGCCUUUGUGUUUUGCAGGCACUGACACCUCCUGACCACUAAACCCCACCAAACCCCCUGGAGCUGGGAUUUUUCUUUGCACUUCUUAAGCACUUGGUUCCCUUUGUCCUGCCUGAGUUUAAUUUCCCCUGUUGGGUAUGUUUAAGCAAUUUUCUUGCACUUUUAGCAACACAAAAAUUGUUAUGCUGGCUGCACUUUUUAAUUCUCAAAUUGUUGAGCUGCCACCUCCUUGCCUGGGGGCUGAUGGCAGGCUGUGUAAAUAUUUAGUGUUGCUGCUCCCCUGGCAUCAGCCUCUUGGUUUUCCCAGCCCACCUUCUCUGCUGCUGUCGGCAGGGGCUUGUUCCUCGGGCUCGGGGGCUGCCUUACACCCUGCUGGAGGUGAUGGGUGCAAGAUUGCUGCUGCACCCGGGUGGGGAGUGGGUGCAGCUCUGUGCUCGUGUGUGCGAGCAGCAGAGCGAUCCACAGCUUUGCUGUGACUGCUCGGCAGCGGGUGAUUUUUGCAGAUGGGUCGCUCGGUGAAGGUUUUAGUGGCCUGGCGAAGCUGGAAUGCAGAGGGGAAGCAGGGCUGGAUGUGGGUUCGUUUUCCUUGGAGCGUGGCCGGUGCCCACCGCAGGCAUUCAUUCGGCUGGAAGCCGUGCGCCUUGGGGAGCUGGGAUGUGCAUCCUCCGUGGCCAGGCCGGCAGGUGGGGCUCCUGCCCACGGCGAGCUGCUGCAGAGGCGCCUGGAGAGCCGGGCAUCCCCGGGCAGGCAGCGCUGGGGGGAUGCUUCCCCACCACGGUCCCUCCUGCAGAGUUUCAGCUUCACCGCACACCUUUUUGGUUUUGCCUCCUCGUUGUCCGCAGCAGCUGAGCUCAGCAUUUCCUCGAGGCUUUCCCUGCUGUGGUCACACACUUGGUCACUGGGGCUGGAGGAAUCCUCUGCUGAACUCCACCCCCAGCGCACCUCGGAGCUGCUCCUGGCCACGCACCGGGGGACCCUUGGUGAUUUUAUCUUCUUUUCUUCCUGUUAGAGCAGGGAUUGAUACACGGGAGUCACACUUUCCUGUUUGGACUCAGUGUUUAUUAAUCCUUAUCUACAUCACAGUCUCACGAGUGGUGUGCUCUAACUAGCAAGUGAGAAAAUGGAGGAGUGGAUGAUGCCUUUAACUCUUUCCAAGGUUAUUUAAGUGCUAAUCACCCAAUAACGAGGUGACACCUCUAUUAUUUAUACUUUUAACCCAAUAAUGACCACCCAAGGUCCACAGUGUGGACCUUUUUCACCCAAUUAGAAAAAACCACCCAAACCCAUGAAGAAGAAGGUGAAGAAGAAGGACUUAGACAACACCUUAAAUCCUCCAUCUUGCCCCACAUACAUUAUAAUAUACUAAACCCUUAAAUUCUAAGCUUUUCACCCUGUGAGAUCACACACUUCUACUCAAACUCCACACCCACAAUCCCAGGGCUAUCACUCAACUUUGGAAGCCUCUUCCACGGCCUCAGGU